GCGGGGCUGGGGAAUGGGAAGCAGUUCCUCAUCUGGGUCCGAGGGAGUGCAGCCGCAGCAGCACUAGCACUAGCAGCAGCUACCCCAGCAGCCACCCCAGCUCUACUCGCUCAGCAGCAUCCAGCCUGAGGAUCAGCGCCCUGCCUGCCUUCCUGACACGGGCUGGACGUUCCUGGGCACUGAGCUCAGCUGCUGUAAAAAGCAAGUAGGAAAAUAUACAGCUGGAUGAAAUUGAACAUGAUCAGAAGAUAGCAUCAUACACCAUGACCAUGGCGCCCCGGAAGAGGAAUCGUCAUGCAUUGGGGUUUCUUUGUUGUUUCGGGGGUAGUGACCUCCCUGAAAUCAACCUCAAGGACAACAACCCCCUCCAGUUCCUUGAGUUUUCUGUCCCAAUCCCACCAGCAGAAGAGCUCAAUGCCAGAUUCUCUGAACUUGUGGAUGAAUUGGAUCUCACAGACAAGAACAGAGAGGCUAUGUUUGCACUCCCUCCAGAGAAGAAAUGGCAGAUUUACUGCAGCAAAAAGAAGGAACAAGAAGAUCCUAAUAAGCUUGCUACCAGCUGGCCAGAUUACUACAUUGACCGCAUCAAUUCCAUGGCAGCAAUGCAGACUCUGUAUGCUUUUGAUGAAGAAGAAACAGAAAUGAAAAAUAAAAUAGUUGAAGACUUGAAGACAGCCUUGCGGACUCAGCCCAUGAGGUUUGUGACUAGGUUUAUUGAGCUGGAUGGCCUGAGCUGUUUGCUGAACUUCCUGAAGAGCAUGGACUAUGAGACCUCAGAGAGUCGUAUACACACAUCCAUUAUAGGGUGCAUCAAGGCACUGAUGAACAACUCCCAAGGACGGGCUCAUGUCCUGGCUCACCCAGAAAGUAUCAACAUCAUCUCCCAGAGCUUACGGACGGAGAACAUUAAGACCAAGAUUGCUGUGCUGGAGAUCCUAGGAGCUGUCUGCUUAGUACCAGAUGGUCACAAGAAAGUCUUGCAAGCCAUGCUUCACUACCAAGUCUAUGCUGCAGAAAGGACAAGAUUCCAGACAUUGUUGAAUGAGCUGGACCGAAGCAUGGGGAGAUACCGAGAUGAAGUAAACCUCAAAACAGCCAUCAUGUCCUUUAUCAAUGCUGUUCUGAAUGCUGGUGCUGGUGAGGACAAUUUGGAGUUCCGGUUGCACCUACGGUAUGAGUUUCUGAUGCUGGGAAUUCAACCUGUUAUUGACAAGCUAAGAGGACAUGAGAAUGCUACACUGGACAGGCACUUAGAUUUCUUUGAGAUGGUCAGGAAUGAAGAUGACCUGGAACUUGCCAAGCGGUUUGACCUCAUACACAUUGAUACAAAAAGUGCCUCUCAAAUGUUUGAGUUGAUCAAGAAGAGAUUGAAGCACACAGAUGCCUACCCCUAUUUGUUAUCCAUCCUCCAGCACUGCUUGCAGAUGCCAUAUAAGAGGAAUGGCGGAAACUUCCAGCAGUGGCAGCUGUUGGACAGAAUACUCCAACAGAUUGUACUUCAGGACGAACGAGGAGAUGAUCCAGAUACAGCCCCAUUGGAAAACUUCAAUGUCAAAAACAUCAUUAAAAUGCUGGUGAAUGAAAAUGAAGUCAAGCAAUGGAGGGACCAGGCAGAGAAGUUUCGGAAAGAUCAUGUUGAGCUGAUGAGCAGGCUAGAAAAGAAGGAGCGGGAAUGUGAGACAAAGACCCAGGAGAAAGAUGAAAUGAUGAAGACACUGAACAAAAUGAAAGACAAGCUGCAGAAGGAAUCCCUGGAGCUGCGCCAGACCCGGGACCGGAUGAAUGACCUGAUGGCUCAACUUAAUGAGUUCUCGCAAGGGGGCAACAUUUCCUUCCCACCUCCACCCCCUCCACCUCCAGGUGGCCCAUUAGCUUUGUCCUCAUCUCACAUGUCUGAGAAUUUGCCACCACUGCCACCUCCUCUGCCUUUCUCCAGCUGUCCACCACCUCCAGCUCCACCACCUCCUCCAGGAGGGCCUCCUCCCCCACCAGGAGCACCACCUUUCUUCAGCAUGGGGAUGCCACCUCCUUCAACAACCACCUUCAGCAGUGGCACCAGCCUGAAGAAGAAAUCUAUCCCGCAGCCUUCACACCCACUGAAAUCCUUCAACUGGGCUAAGCUGAGUGAGGAGAGGAUCCAUGGUACAAUCUGGAAUGAGAUUGAUGAUUUGAAGGCAUUCAAGGUUCUGGAUCUAGAAGAUUUUGAGAAGAUGUUCUCUGCAUAUCAGAGACACCAGGACCUGCUAACUAACCCCUCCUCCUCUAAGCAGAAAGAGAUGGGUUCAACAGAAGACCUUUACCUCUCCACACGAAAGGUGAAAGAGCUCUCUGUGAUUGAUGGCAGGAGGGCCCAGAAUUGUGUCAUUCUCCUUUCCAAGCUGAAGCUGUCUAAUGAAGAAAUCAGACAAGCAAUCUUGAAGAUGGAUGAACAAGAAGACCUAGCAAAAGAUAUGCUUGAGCAGCUGCUCAAGUUUGUUCCUGAAAAGAGUGAUACCGACCUGUUGGAGGAGCAUAAACAUGAAAUUGAGCGCAUGGCCCGAGCAGAUCGAUUCCUCUUUGAAAUGAGCAGGAUUGACCACUACCAACAGCGACUCCAAGCAUUAUUCUUUAAGAAGAAAUUUCCAGAGAGACUGGCAGAAGCAAAACCAAAAGUGGAAGCCAUUCUUCUGGCAUCCAAAGAACUCAUUCGAAGCAAGCGUUUGAGGCAGCUCCUGGAGGUAGUUCUGGCCUUUGGGAAUUACAUGAACAAGGGUCAAAGAGGAAGUGCUUAUGGCUUUAAAGUCUCCAGCCUGAACAAAAUUGCAGACACCAAAUCCAGCAUAGACAGGAACAUUACACUGCUGCACUAUUUAAUUAUGAUCUUUGAAAAGAAUUAUCCAGAUAUCCUAGAUAUUCAGUCUGAACUGCAACAUCUUCCAGAAGCAGCAAAAGUCAACCUGGUAGAGCUGGAGAAGGAAGUCAACAACAUAAAGACUGGAUUGAAAGCUGUUGAAGCCGAGCUGGAUUAUCAAAAGAGACGCAUGCGGGAAUCAGGGGACAGGUUUGUUCCAGUCAUGAGUGAUUUCAUCACUGUGGCCAGUUUCAGCUUCUCAGAAUUAGAAGACCUUCUUAAUGAAGCUAGAGACAAGUAUGCCAAGGCACUGAAGCAUUUUGGAGAGAAUGAGGGCAAGAUGCAGCCAGAUGAAUUUUUUGGCAUCUUCGACACUUUCUUGCAGUCAUUUGCAGAGGCCAAGCAAGAUCUGGAGAAUAUGAGGAAGAAAAAGGAAGAAGAGGAGCGCAGGGCACGUAUGGAGGCCAUGCUAAAAGAGCAGAGGGAAAAAGAGAGGCGACAGAAGAAAGCACAAGCUGGAAGCAUCUCAGAAGAGAGUGGGGAGUUUGAUGACCUGGUUUCAGCAUUAAGGUCAGGUGAAGUAUUUGACAAAGAUUUGUCCAAGCUGAAGCGUAACCGCAAGCGUUCAGGGACCCAAGGCUUAGAGACAAGCCGGGAGCGUGUGGUGACAAAGCUAAAUUAUUGAUGACAAGAGGAAGAAAAACAGCCAACCGAGAGAAGGUGAUGAAAAAGUGCAAAGCAAGGAAGAUGAACGUGUGUGAUGGCACCUGGCUGACAGCUGCUAGAGAUGUUACCUUUCCGUGAUCAGUUUUCCUCUCAUCCCUCUUCUGUGCUCCUAAUUUGAACCAUUAUAGAAGUGCCUCUGUGAAGCCAGCAGGGCCUGUGACUGGACCGCGCAGAGCUGACAGGUUUGCUUCUGGGAGUCUGCGUCAUCAAACGCCUUGUGGUGAUGGCAGAAAGUACUUGGGCCUUGCAGAGUGCCUUGCAGUGCCAAAGUGAAAACUUGUCACGAUCGCCAUCUUGCUGGUAACAUGCAAGACUGAUCUCAGAGCAGCUCUGUAAACACCUGUUCCUUCUUCAAGAUCUAGACUGACCUGCAGGGGCUUGCCAAGAUCUGGUUCUGGAGGUUUCCAAUUCCCUUUCAGAACUAGAUUUUAUAAACCACUGAUUUGCACCUGAAAAAUGCUUUGAUGUCAUGCUCCAUAUAGUAUUUUUGUGUGACACACAUUGUCCAAAGCAAGUGAUGCUGAGAAGGAACUGAUCAGUUUCUGGCAUAAAUUGAAAUUCAAGAAUGAAGAUCACCAUAAAAUACAUCACAAAAAUCUUUUGGAUUCUCUUUUUCUGGAAGCAGUUUUCUGGAAUUUGUUGAUGGUUAAUCCUUGAAGCUGUGAAAUGCAUCUUCUAGGAAACAAGCCACUCCCUGGCUGGGAUUGCAAGUAGGUGACUGUGGAGCCUGUUGUCAUUGCUGGAGGGUGGUAGGGAAAUAGGAGAACAUUUCUGACCCAUUUGGACAAGAUUCUUUAUGCAGCCCAGUGGAAAUCAGAAGCUCCCUAUUAUCAUCCACAGGUUGCAAGUAGCAAAAAGCAAACUGGGACACUGGCUUUAAACAAUGAAGCUUCUUUUCCACUUGAUGCCAACUGUGAUUGCUGUUGGCAUGACCUGGGCUUUCUACCUAACAUACUGACCUUCACUGCACACACCCUACUUCUACCUAGGGAAACCACGUAACUCAGUAAGAUAUGAAUGGUGUCAAAGGAAAGCCUUGGAGCCCACAGCCUUUUCCAAUUUAGAAUGAACCAACAGGGAGCCACAUAAAGAAAGCUGAGAAUUUUUCCAGGAGGAUACAGAAUUGUGUAGGCCAAACAGACUUUGGAGAUGGGUUGAUUCAUGAAAAAAGUAAAUUCAUAUUUAAGCCACUGUGUGAAUCACACAGUGAAAAAGCAAAGAACAAGAAGAAAGGGGUUCUGGGUUUUUUUGUGUGUGUUUUGGUGUCUUUUUGUCCCAAUGUUGUCUUCAUUUUUUAUUAUCUUCACUGGAGAAGGAAAAGAGGAAAAGAAAGAAAUGGUGAUGGAUUCUUCUUCCUAGACAGGAAAAAUGAGAGAACGUGUAAGAAGAGGGAGCUGCCAUCUGCAAACUAUGCAUCAGUAAUCAACAGCACAAAAUGCCAAGGCAUUCCAGGGAAGUGAAAAGAGCUCUAUUUGUCACUUUAAUAAUUUGGUUUGACUUUUCACUGAAUGUCACUUAACCUCAGGCUCUGCACAGAGUCUGCAGAACAGAACUUCCUCUGCUAUGCACGCUGCCUGAUCAGUAUUACACGCCGUCGGUAUUGGAGAAGCAAACUGCAUUUGGUUUUCUGAACGCUUUGAAAGUAGAAUAGCUAUGUUCUAUGGAAAGAAGGAAAAAAAGAGAAAAAGAA